UCGAAGCAACCAUUCUAUUGACGAAAAAGUAUUUUUUUUAAUUCGGAAAAAUGCGAUUAUUGUUCAGUAUAUUAUUUGUAAUACUAGGAUCAUCUGGGAUAUUGGGAGCAUUGCCUCGCACCUGCUCCUGUAUACCAGGAUUCUUAAAGGCCAAACUAGGACUGUCUGCUCCAAUCGCCUUCAAGAAGUUUGGAAUUACUCCGACAUUCUUGCCAGACCCGCCUAAGGACAAGCUAAAGAGUUCUUUUAUGACAGCAGAUGUGGAGUUAGGAAAUUUCAUUGAUCCACUCAGAACUAUAGACACGAAGUAUAUUUCAUAUCCACGUGGAAAGAGUGACGUCAAAUACACGUUAUUCCUCGUUGAUUUUGAUGGACAGCAAGGUCCUCCUCCGAACGCACACCUCAUAGGCAUGUAUGUGAAUGUACCAAACAGCGAGAACUUAUUGAUUGGGGGUGACAUAGCUGUACCUUUCAUUCCACCUGUGCCUCAUUUAGGAACUGGUGUUCACAGACUAGCAGCUCUCUUGUAUGAGCAGAACGACCACAUUGACCCUGAUCAAAUGGAAUUGAUGAAAUUGAUAAAAACUCGUGUUAUACAACUGCAACCAAUCGUCAAGAAGUACAAUCUUAAACCUGAGCCUGUAGCGGGGACUUUCUACACGACUGAACUUAAACGAUGCGGAUAAAGAAAUAUUAUAUAAUAUUUUUGUAACUUUUAAAAUAAACGUAUGUUAUAAAAACU